CACCGCCUCCCGAAGAUGGCGGACGGCGGGGCAGCGCCCGCGCAGCGGGACGGGGACGGGGACGGGGACGUGCCCGCGGCCGGGGACGGGGCCAGGGCCGGGGCCGGGGCCGGGGCCGGGGCCGCCGGCGGCCGCAGGGAUCGGCAACCCCGGAGCAGCGGCCGCCCGCCUAGCGCCCGGGAUUUGCAGCUGGCCUUGGCAGAGUUAUACGAAGAUGAAGCUAAAAGGCAGUCAUUGUGUUCUGACAAACCAACAGCUACAAAGAUCAGUAACACAAAAGCAUCACAGAGUCUUAAACUGGAUUCUCUUAGAAGGCUGAGAAAACCAGAGAGAAGCAUGAGUGAUGACAAAGAAAACCAAAGAUUUUAUUCAGGUGACUCAGAAUAUAGAGGAUUACAGAUUUCUGGGGCUUCCAGUAAUCCGAGUAAAAUUGUUGCUGAACUCUUCAAGGAAGCAAAAGAACAUGGAGCUGUCCCUUUAGAUGAAGCCUCAAGAGCAUCUGGUGAUUUCGGUAAAGCUAAGUCAUUUUCUGGUGGUGGAUAUAGAUUGGGUGACUCAUCACAAAAGCACUCUGAAUACAUAUAUGGAGAAAAUCAAGAUGUUCAAAUUUUGCUGAAACUAUGGAGGAAUGGCUUCAGUUUAGAUGACGGCGAGUUGAGAUCCUAUUCAGACCCAAUAAAUGCUCAGUUUCUUGAGUCUGUUAAAAGAGGGGAAAUUCCUAUGGAACUGCAGCGACUUGUUCAUGGUGGCCAGGUUAAUUUGGAUAUGGAAGAUCACCAAGAACAAGAAUAUGUGAAGCCCAGACUGCGCUUCAAAGCUUUCAGUGGUGAAGGACAAAAACUUGGAAGCCUUACACCUGAAAUAGUCAGCACGCCUUCUUCCCCAGAGGAGGAGGAGAAAUCCAUUCUUAAUGCACCUGUUCUGAUUGAUGAUUCCAUGCCAGCAACUAAAAUUCAAAUUAGAUUAGCAGAUGGAAGCCGAUUAAUACAAAGAUUUAAUCAAACACACAGAGAUAUAUAUCAAAAUGGAAUCAUACACAGUUUUCAUGUCCAUAUCCUUUUCACAGGAUUAAGCACAUUCGAGAUUUCAUUAUCCAGUCCCGUCCAGCCUUUGCAACAACUGAUUUUGUUCUUGUGACAACCUUUCCAAAUAAAGAGCUAACAGAUGAAAGCCUGACACUACAAGAAGCAGAUAUACUUAACACUGUGAUUCUUCAGCAAUUAAAGUAAUCUUACGGUUGUUGUACAAUAUAGGGAGCCUGCUGUAUUGUCAUACAAUAUGUUUCCAACAGAUGAAAGAAAGGAAAUAUCAGUGUCUUUUUAUUUCCUCAUUUCCAGGGAUCAGAUUUUUGGAUUUCAUGUCUUCCAGCUAUAACAUAUCUACCUUUUUUAUUUUAAUUCACAACAUUAUUCAACCUUUUUUCAGUGUUAAAAUUAAACUUUCAUAUGUUGUUAUGUUUCAAACCACAUCUUGUACUAAAUGUGAAAUGAGACAGGACUUUGAAUCAUUAUUUUGAGAGGGGUGGGGAAAGGAGCAUUUUGCUGAAGGGGACAGUAUCUUUCAUAGAGUUGGUAAGAUUUGCACUAUGGAAAUGUUCUAUGCUGCAUUGACAAACAGCCAUUUGAAAACUUAGACUGUAGGUUAUGUUUACCUUCCAAAUUGUAUUAAGGUGUACUUUUUAAUAGGUUUACAGAUAAUUAAUGCCCUAAUGUAAUUUUUGUAUGUUCUAUUUGUAGUGUUUCAUGGUGCAGUAUAAUAUUUAUAUUCUUGUUUUUCUGUCAUUUUCCUUGCAUCGUUACUCGUAUGAGUGAAUCAGUCCAGGAGAUGCAAACCUCAACUACUGCAGACUAUAGUAGGUUGUUCUUACUGGUAUUCUCGUUGUUCUACUUGUGAUGAAAACAAGUAAGAAUUUCUUUCUUCUUGAAGUUAGAGAAAUGUGAGAGACCACUGUGAUCUGGGGAAAUGAUGUGAUUUGGAGAAGGCCUGUGGUCACUUUGAAUCUGUGUAUGCGGUUGAAACCUGUGCAGCUACGUGAUUCUUUGCACAGUUACUUAAAUAACCCCAAACAAAAAUACACCAAGGUGCACAAACACAGAACUUAUCUGCUUUUGUGCGUGCCAGUGACAGCAUAAAUGUGUUAAUUGGUCAUGUAUUUUUGACCUGAAUUUCAGGUCUUAAUAUUGGGAAUUUUGGCCAAAGGCAUUUUGUAUUAUUCAAUGAGGAUUUGGUUGUACAGCUUUCAGUAUUCUUGUUUGGAAGCUGUAUAAUUAAAGCCCUUAAUCUUUGAAAUUAUAUAUUUUUUCAAAUAACUUGCCUCAAUACUGCAGUAAACAGAUAGGAGUUUUGUGUUGGGGGACAACUGUCUGUUGUGCUUUAGUAGUAUGCAGUUUUAUAGUAUUUGGAGAUUUGUAUCAGACAAGUGGAUCACACUCAAAUGGAAGCUAAAUGGGCUGUUUCUCUUGUACUGAUAUAUGUUUUAAAAUUUGCUGUUUUCGCUCAUUAUUUUUUUCUGAAAAUAUUAAUAUUUGUUUAUUUAUGCUGUUAUAAUUUCUCAGUAUAUUCUUACAUUUUUACCUCAAAGUAGAUAUUUGACUGAGUAAAUUUUAAACAUGAAAUUGUAUUUGAAGUAUUUUGUUUUGCAGUCUGAAUAUCUGCAUGAUUUUAAUCAUAAUUCAUUUCAUGUGCUAAGUAAAUAAAGUUUUAUGUUGAAGACCA